AUGAUUAUCCCCAAAUUAGCAACCAUUGUUUCCUUGUUAUGCCUCGUAUCAACUUCAUAUGCUAUUCCCCAAAAGAAAGAGAAAGAUUUUAAACACGUUCUUCUCAUUUCAAUUGAUGGUCUCCAUCAAGUAGAUGUCGACGUUUUUACCAAAGCCAAUCCUGAAUCUACUAUUGCAAAGCUUCUUAAAAACGGUGUAUACUUCAAAAAGGCUCGAACAUCCUUACCAUCAGAUUCCUUCCCUGGUCUCUUGGCUCAACUGACAGGUGGUUCACCGGCAACCACUGGGGUUUGGUAUGACGAUGCAUGGGACGGUACAUAUUUCGCCCCUGGAUCAAAGUGCAAUGGGACAGCUGGUUAUAACACUGUUUGGGAUGAAUCACUUGACAUGGAUCCCAAGGCGGUGGUUACGACUCUCAACGAAACCGCCCUUCCAUUGAGAAAAUUCAAGGGGAAAUGCGAGAAAGUUCAACCUUAUCAAUUUCUUAGAGUCAACACCAUCUUUGAAGUCGCCAAAAAACACGGUCUUGUGACAGCUUGGUCUGACAAAUUGCCUGCCUACUCAAUUGUUAGAGGCCCAUCCGGAAAGGGUGUUGACGAUUUAUUUGUCCCCGAAAUUAAUGGGGUCAAUAAAACCGAUACCAAAGCAGUUGAAGGUUAUGAUACCCUCCAUAUCAAUGCCGUACUAAAUUGGAUUAAUGGAUUAAAAGCAGACGGCUCAUCUUUCUCGGUUCCAGCCAUCUUCGGUGCUAAUUUCCAAUCCAUCAGUGUAACUCAAAAGGCUAUCGGCGCGGGUUACAAGGAUGCUGCUGCCACCCCUUCGGAUGCUCUUGUGGGGGCCUUCAAAUUUGUCGAUGAUGCUCUUAAAAAAUUCGUGGACGCUUUGAAGAAAAAGGAUUUGGAAAAUAGCACAAUAAUAAUCCUUUCCGCAAAACAUGGUCAAUCUCCUAUCGAUAUAACUAAAUUAAAGAAAAUUUCUGCGAAAUUGUUAUCGGCUCAAGUUGGUGACGAUAAGAUUAAUCAGUUGACAACCGAUGAUGUUGCCUUAUUCUGGUUAAAAGAUCACAAGGAUUCAAAAGAAGCCGCAGAAAAACUUCGUGCAAAUGCCACUACUCUCGGUAUCACAACAGUUUAUGAAGGCAGCAGCCUCAAAGAACAAUUUGGCUGUGAACCUACCAAGGAUACAAGAUGUCCCGACAUUGCCAUCAAAACCAAUGUCGGUGUUAUCUACACUACUUCUGCAACCAAGAUUGCCGAGCAUGGUGGAUUCAACGAAGACGACAUCCACGUCCCAAUAAUUGUUUCCAAUCCUUCAAUUUCAGCCAAAGUUGAUUCCAGCUCUGUCGACACCCGUUCUAUUGCGCCAUUCAUUCUUUCUGUCUUUGGAAUCAAUCCACACGAAUUGGAAGCCGUUGUCAAGGAAAAGACAGAGACUCUUCCAGUAUUUUAG